AUGGCUAAGCUUUCGAAGGCCAAGGACCCGACGGAUCCUGGGACCCAGAAGACCCGUGCAGAGCCUAUACCAUGGGACACGAGCCCAGCCUGGCUGGAGCGCAUCCUCCAGUUCCUCGGCAACGCAGCAAGCUUCCGGAACAAGCUUUUCAGCGACUCCAACACCACGGCCGCGAAGGAGGGACGCGCCAAGAUUGUCGGCUCGGUCAGCAAGGCCACCAUGUAUCAGCAGCUGGCAGUUGUUGUAUUCGGGCGCUUCACGCCUGGACCCGAGUUCGGAGAGGCCGCCGACCAGGAUACUGUUCCGACGGUCUAUUUCGCUCCGAAAUAG